CGGCGGCUUUGCGGGGUAGUGGGGGGGGGCUUGCGGUGCUACCGUCGCUGUGGGGCUGGGGCCGGCGCCCAGCGGGCCAGACCGUGGUGUGCGGCCUGGUUGUCUGGCCGGUUUGUGGGGUGCUGCCCGCAGGGGUCUGGCGCUGCCCGUGCCUCUCGCCAUGGCUAUGAGGGAGCUGGUGGAGCCGGAGUGCGGGGGCUCCAACCCCCUGCUGAAGCUGGCCGGCCACUUCACCCAGGACAAGGCCUUGCGGCAGGAAGGGCUCCAGGGAUCCCUCGGUUGGCCGCCGGGCGCGGCGGGGGCCGCUGCUGUAUCCAAGCCAUUGGGAGUAGCCUCAGAAGAUGAGCUGGUCGGAGAGUUCCUGCAAGGGCAGAAUGCCCCGUUACUGUCCCAUGCACCCCAGACCUUUAAGAUGGAUGACCUGUUGGCUGAGAUGCAAGAGAUUGAACAGUCGAGCUUCCGUCAGGCUCCUCAGCGAGCUCCAGGUGUGGCAGCCCUUGCACUGUCUGAAAACUGGACCCAGGAGUUCUUGGCUGCAGCAGAUACUGCUGGAGAUGUCUCUUCAGAUUACAAUGAGGCUGACUGGUCACAGGAAUUCAUUGCUGAAGUGACAGAUCCACUGUCUGUGUCUCCUGCCAAGUGGGCAGAAGAAUACCUUGAGCAGUCAGAGGAGAAACUGUGGCUUGGGGAAUCAGAAGACCAGUCGCUGUCAGAUAAAUGGUAUGAGGAAUAUCAACCUGAAGAUGAUCUUAAGAAAACCGCUAGUGAUUUUCUUUCUAAAGUGGAUGAUCCAAAACUCAACAGUUCUGAGUUCCUAAAGUUUGUCCGCCAGAUCGGAGAUGGGAGGGUAUCGAUCGAAGCUAAUCAGGUGACCCACAGAGACCAAGAUCAGGCAGAGCAAUGGGCAGCUGAGUUUAUGCAGCAGCAGGGGGCAUCCGAUGCCUGGGUGGAUCAGUUUGCGCGAUCUGGGAACAUGUCAGCUCUUGAUACGGAAUUUGAGCAGGCAAAGACUGCUGUGGAGUCAGAUGUGGAUUUCUGGGACAAACUCCAGGCAGAAUGGGAGGAGAUGGCCAAGAGAGAUGCAGAGGCUCACCCUUGGCUUACUGAUUACGAUGACCUCAACUCCUCUUCUUAUGACAAGGGUUACCAGUUUGAAGAAGAUAAUCCCAUGAGAGAUCAUCCUGAUGCAUUUGAAGAAGGGCGAAAGCGCUUGGAGGAAGGUGACCUCCCCAACGCUGUCUUGCUGUUUGAGGCUGCCGUGCAACAGAAUCCAGAUCAUAUGGAGGCCUGGCAAUACUUGGGAACCACCCAAGCAGAGAAUGAACAGGAACUCUUAGCAAUCAGUGCUCUCAGACGGUGCUUGGAACUGCAGCCUGGCAACCUCACAGCACUUAUGGCUUUAGCAGUCAGCUUCACCAAUGAGUCAUUGCAGAAGCAGGCGUGUGAGACCCUGCGGGACUGGUUACACCAUAAACCAGCCUAUGCCCAUUUGCUGGAGAAGGAAUCAGAGGAGAAUGCAUCAGAGACAAAUCUUGGGACUUCCAAGCGUGUUCUGGGGUCCCUGCUGUCUGACUCGCUUUUUGUGGAAGUCAAAGAGCUGUUCUUAGCAGCUGUGCGCAGCGACCCCUCAACUGUUGAUCCUGAUGUUCAGUGUGGCCUGGGUGUCCUUUUCAACCUUAGUGGCGAAUACGAGAAGGCUGUGGAUUGCUUCAGUGCCGCGCUUAGUGUGCGCCCCAAUGACCAUCUCCUAUGGAACAAGCUUGGUGCCACUCUGGCCAAUGGGAAUCGCAGUGAAGAAGCUGUGGCUGCAUAUCGGCGGGCACUGGAGCUCCAGCCAGGAUAUAUCCGGUCUCGAUACAACUUGGGCAUCAGCUGCAUCAACUUAGGUGCCCACCGUGAGGCUGUGGAGCACUUCUUAGAGGCUUUGCACAUGCAGCAGAAGAGCCGAGGUCCACGGGGGCAGCAAGGCGCUAUGUCUGACAACAUCUGGAGCACCCUUCGCAUGGCCCUCUCCAUGCUGGGGCAGAGUGACCUGUAUGGGGCAGCUGAUGCCCAUGACCUCCCCACGCUGCUUCAGGCAUUUGGCCUCCAGCAGUGACUCUGGGAUCAGCUCCCCUGUGAAUGCAGGGUUGGGCCAGCCCAGCGGUGACCUUCUCUAUGGAGAAAAUGUUCACUUGGGUUCACACACACCUUUGCUCUGUUAGGGCAGAUCACUGGCAACCUUUUCUUUUUAAUCUCCUCCUGAAGUGUGCAACGUUCCCUACCUGCUGUUUGUGGCCUGAGCAUCUGAGUGGUUCACAUUAUCACAUCCGUGGCUGACUGACACUCUGCUGCCAGGCUGAUGGUCAACGUGGGGAAAUAGGAAGCUUUCUCAGAUUACAUCUGCAGGGGGUGCCCAGUGUGGCAUUGAGACCUUAUAGUAGCCACUCUGGAGGGAGUACUCACUAGGGAUGUUUCAAAGGUGUUAUGGUUGUGAGUGGGCUGCAGGGGGGAAAAAGGAGGUCCCAGGGUUCAAAUUCGACACAACGUGACAGAAAUGAGAGCUUAACUCUAACCUCCCUUCUCAGAAUAUGGUGGGGAAAGGGUUAAGUCUUAAUUUUUCACUUGAUUGUCACUGUUUUCACUUUGUGCAGAAGUUCCCCCAUCUCGACUGUAACUGAUUCUUGUUCAUUAUAAAUAUCUGUAUAUGAUUCUGUUGGGGAAAAAUGUUUUUUAAUUGUAAAAUAUUUUGUAUAAUAGGGGAGAGAAUUAAAAUUGCCAAAAUUACA